AAGGCCUUUAUUGGCACCUGUCCUGAUAUGUGUCCAGAGAAAGAACGAUAUGAUAGACAGGAAACACGACGUUUGAGUAUUUAUGAAAUGAUACCUGGAACAGAAAAUAUUGUAAAUCACAGUAGAGCAGUGAAAGAAUACAGUCGUUCUUCCGCUGAUCAGACUGAACCAUUACAACAUGAACUUCGACCUGAACCUGUAUUAAUGAUGACUAUGGCAUAUUUAUUACGUGAAAUAGCUGAUCGGGGUGAAGAAGAACGAUGGGCUGAUUGGUAUGAUUUUCUCUGGAAUAGAACUCGUGGAAUCAGAAAGGAUAUAACUCAACAACAACUAUGUAACAGAAAUGUGGUAGAACUGAUAGAGAAAUGUGCUAGAUAUCAUAUUUAUUGUUCACAUCGUCUAUGUGAACAAGAUAUGAUGGUAUUUGACAGUAAAAUAAACAAUGAAAAUUUGACAAAGUGUCUACAGACUUUAAAAGAAAUGUAUUAUGAUUUAGAGAAGAAUCAACUUGUUUUCUGUCCAAAUGAAGCAGAGUUUCGAGGUUAUAUGGUUCUUAUGAAUUUAAAUGAAGGUGAUACAUUGAGAGAAGUUCAAGAAUUACGUCCAGAGGUUCGUGAGUCAGCAGAAAUAAAGUUUGCUUUAAGAGUAUACUCAGCUUUAAACAGCCACAACUAUGUUAGAUUCUUCCGUAUGGUUAAACAGGCUACAUUUCUUCAAGCUUGUAUCAUACAUCGUUAUUUUACACAAGUUAGAAGUCGGGGAUUAAUAGUUCUGAUGAAAGCUCUGGGGAAAAACAAUAGGUAUCCUCUAUCACACCUGAAGAAUAUAUUUAGUUUUGAGAAUGUACUGGAAGCUGAAAGGUUUUGUUCGUAUUAUGGUUUUAUAUCUAAAGAUGAGUAUGUAACUAUAGAUAGUAGAGAUUUUAUGGAACCGGAAGUGUCUGUACCUCCAACACGUUCAAUAUCUCUGAUAGAAUCUAAAUUACUAGUUCCUGUAGGACAGGUUAGGAUAUACUUUAUGCCUUUAUUUCAUUGUCCGAUUAGGAUUAGCUAUGUUGCUGCAGGAGCAACAAAAUUGUGGACAGUCUCAAUCAAAAUUAAUGCAUUGUUGGCAUCAUUCACUGAAAAUUCUUUCUUACUGUUUUAA